ACUACUGCUCAACAUUAGAGUUCUGUCAGACUACCGCCUGACGUCAAAGUUCUGUCAAACCACAACCAGACUAUCAACUAACGCUCGAAUUUUCAAAUAACGUCGGACUUCUACCAGUCCACCAAGUAACGCUGGACGUUCAUCCUUGUUUGUCACUAGUUUUCAAUCAUAUGGUUGACAUUGUAAUCUGAUCGCCCUCAAGGAUGAGUGAGCUCACUGUAAUCUACCAAAACAUUAGUGAAAUAAUUUCAACUGGGCAAGACCCCGUGGUUUUUCUCCUUUCCAGGGCUUUCCACGUAAAAAAUAUUGUGUUAUCUGUAUGUGAGUUGGAUAACCAUACAACACUAAAAUGCAGUAUUAUAAUUCUAUCACCGCAUAUAUUCUAGCCCGCAAUAAUACUAAUGCUUACUAGACCCGCAUCCAAUAAGAAAAAAGAGGAAUCUCCCAUACUUCUAAGCGUAUCUGAAGAGCAAAAGCUUUGAUAUCCGAGCACAGUUAUAUUUUUUAUAUAUUCCUGUAUUUAAUAUCAUGGAAGCAGUAAACAAAAUUAUCUUUUUUCUCCUUACUGCUACGCUUCUUAGCAUUCUCAAACUUCACCGCAAGCUCUGGUUAAUUAAUUCAUCAUGUACAACAUGCAUAAAUCAACCAUUAUGAACUUAAUUAUUUCUAUCGUCAUGAAGCAUCCCAUGCAAGAACGGCAGGGCACGUUAUUAACACGACGCCAUUUCAUAUUUUAAACGCGACAUUACCACCUCCAUCAAUCCUCCAUCCAAAAGACAUACAAACCACCUAAACCAAUCAAUCCACCACAACCAAUCCAACCCUUCCCUUCUCUUCUCCCAUGGCUUUCCCUUCUAUCUCCUUCGUCUUCCUCUGCUUCUUCUGCUUCUCCUUCCUCAACGAACCGCGCUUGUCCCUCGCCGACCAUGUUCUCUACACUGACGAAAUCCUCAUGCCCGGCCAAAACCUCACGAACGGCCCCUACCUUCUCGCAAUGCAUCACAACUGCCGCCUCGUUCUCUACAAUAACACCCAACCGAGUUGGAGCACGAACGCCACCGCCAACGGAAACAGCGAUUGCUACCUCGUGCUGACCCAGCGAGGCGAGCUCGUCGUCCGUCGCAGCGUCCACUACGCCUUAUGGUCAAGCGGGGCCAGGUCUAAGAAAGGAAAAUACGCGCUCGUGCUCGACGCGAAGGGAAGAAUUGCUAUAUACGGGCAUCGCCGUUGGUCUACGAGUAAUCCGAAUGGACUUGGCGGCCCAGAAGACUUGGCCAUAGAGGAGCCGGCUACAGAAUAUGUUCUUCAAUCUGGUCACCGGAUGUUAGCUGGGGAUAAGCUGAAGUACAAGGAAUACGAGCUGGCUUUCUGGAGAUGCAAUUUGGUGAUUAACCACACAAGGUCCGGUAGGUGGCUGUGGCAGACGAACACCAAGGUGACGCAAGGGCCGGCGGGAUGUUACCUGCAGUUGGAGAGCAGUGGGGAGCUUAGCGUGAAAAAUGGGGCGCAGAGGCUCUGGAGCAGCAACAAGAGGACGGAUAGUGGGCUGCACCUGGCUGUAUUGAGGUUCGAUGGGCGCCUGGCGGUUUAUGGGCCGUUGGUGUGGUCCAAUGUAAGGAUGGACGAUUCGAUUGUUGCUGAUGCGGUCACUUAUGGUGGUUCCGAAUAUAUUUAGAAGCGGGCUUGUGCGAUCAGUUGUUGAUUUUUUUACUUUGGAGAGCCUUCUAUAUGCCCUGCAUAAAUAAGUACAAAGCGGGUGUAAUAGAAAAUAGGGUAUUUGAGAAAACAUAUUAAUUAGACGUUCAAAAAUAGCCGAUUUCAUAUAAUAUCAUGAUUUAUUUCUUC